AUGAUAACACUUUUUUUCCCUCUCUUCCAUACUGGACAGGUAUACUUAAAAGAGGCGAGUCCUUCUGUAGAUUCACAGUGAGGUAAAUGAUUUAGGAGCUAAGCUGUGAAAUACAGAGUCUGCAAGCAUGUACUCCUCCUGUCCCCCUAGAGUGUCAGACCCCAAGAAUAUUCCACCAGCUUAUUGUGACUUGGGGAAAUCUGCUAGAGAUGUAUUCAACAAAGGAUAUGGGUUUGGAAUGGUCAAGUUAGAUUUGAAGACCAAGUCCUCCAGCGGAGUGCUGGAAUUUACUACUAGUGGCUCUUCCAAUACAGACACAGGCAAAGCCUCAGGCAACCUUGAGACUAAGUAUAAAUUUAAGGAUUAUGGACUUACAUUCACUCAGAAAUGGAACACUGACAACACCUUAGGCACAGAGCUCACCAUGGAAGAUAAGUUGGCUGAGGGAAUGAAGUUGAGUCUUGAAACCAUGUUUGUACCAAAUACAGGGAAGAAAAGUGGGAAGUUGAAGACAUCUUACAAACGAGAAUAUAUAAAUUUAGGUUGUAACGUUGACAUCGAUCUUUCAGGGCCGACCAUUCAUGGCUGGGCUGUUUUGGGCUAUGAUGGUUGGCUGGCUGGCUAUCAGAUGGCUUUUGACACUGCUAAAUCCAAACUUUCACAGAAUAAUUUUGCCUUGGGUUACAAGGCAACAGAUUUCCAGCUGCAUACAAAUGUGAACGAUGGCACUGAAUUUGGUGGCUCAAUCUACCAGAAGGUUAAUGACAAGGUUGAAACAGCUGUAAGUCUUGCUUGGACUGCCGGUAGCAAUAACACUCGGUUUGGCAUUGCCUCCAAAUACCAGCUGGAUGAUAAAGCCUCUAUCUCGGCCAAAGUGAAUAAUGCCAGCCUCAUUGGACUUGGUUACACUCAGACUCUCCGACCUGGUGUGAAGUUGACUCUCUCAACUUUGAUUGAUGGCAAGAAUUUCAGCACCGGCGGCCAUAAAAUCGGUCUGGGAUUUGAGCUGGAAGCUUAAUGUAGGUAUUGAUGAAGUAUUAGAUCUUUAUUUGGAAGAUGAAGGAGAAAAUAAAACCCCACAUGUUCUGGCCUUAAACUCUUCUGUGAAACUUCAAAAAGCGUGAACUCAAUAUUCUUCCAAAGAAUUGUUGUAACCCCCAACACUGAAGUCUGGAGAGUGCAACCUAAUGAAGGGCAAUACUUGAAGGAAUGCAUGGAAGUUGUAAUGGUUGUAAUGUUACAUGGAAGUUGUAAUGCUACAUUUCAGUUCAGUUCUUCAGUUAUUUUAAAAGUGUUCCUUGGAAGACAGCAUAGCAUCUGGUUAACAGGAAGAAUCUCCCACUUCCCAUCCUUCUGUGUCACUUUAUCACAUUGUGCAUGUCCGACAUUUCACGACCUUUUGUAAAACUGGUUUCUGUGCUGUAGUGAAAGCUUUGGUUUUGCAUCAAAAUGGAAAUAAAUGAAAUCACAUUUGGAACCCAAUCCUUUGUUUGAUUAAUGCUACUUUCCAAAUCCUAAAUGUUCCCCGUUUGGGACCAAACAGGCCAAGCUAGGAAAAUAAUUGUUGGAGGGGGAAUUGCAUGACAUUUUCUGUAACUCACACGGUUUUGCUGCCAAAGGAAAUCCUUUAAAAGUGCUGCUCUCUCUGCAGUAGAAAAACUAGAUUCUUUUAUAUAGCACUUGAUAGAGAAUAAAUAUAGUAGCAAGUUAAAUGACCUUUUCUUCACCAGUGGAGGAAAGAACAUGCUGAAUAGCAGCACUCACCAUUUGGGAUUUUUUUUUUUUUUUGCUAUUUCCCUCUCACAGAAUAGCAUGAUGACAAUGUGUGCCUUUCAGAUACUAUCAAUUAAUACUGCUUAACAAAUAAAUCAAUAAAAUAGCCACUGUGUUAAGUCUGUUUCUGUAUUGAAAUUGGUAAUUUAUAGCCUUUAUUACAACAAUACAUAUUUUUCCAUCAUGGGUCUACUGUAAAAAAAUAAUGAGAUCCUUUUUUUGCAGUUGGAGGACAGAUAAUUUUUUUAAACUGAUCUGAGACCUGCAGAACAUUUGACUUGGGAAAAAGAUUCAGGAAAAGACUUUAAGGCACAAAGUGUUAUCUUUUAACAAUGUGUUUUAAAAUGUAAGCUUCAUGUAUCCAUUUAUUCCUCUUUUUAGAAAAAAAUAUAUCACUGGGAAUAAUUGAACCAUGGAAUAUUGGUGGUUCCUCAAAUCCUAGGAAUUUUGAAAUUCACCGCUUUCAAUAUUUUUAACCAUAACUCAAUACAAAACCUGGCUAGAGGGGACCAAAACUUUUUGCCUAUUCACAAUU